AUGGAAGCUAUCGAGAAGCGGUUUCGCCCUUUUCCCAUGAGAUUGCGGUGUGCGACUCGAGCGCCAGAAAGCAACAUCAUCAACAGCAACAACAAGUCAGCCGAUUCAGGAGCUGUCGUGGGAUUCCAAACCUGUCGUUCAUUUCAUGGUCCUUCCGCCAGUAGUCUCAAUACGCUUAACCGUCACGGUUCACCACCCCCGCCGCUACCUUACGUGACAGAUCCGAUUCCAGGAAAUGGUUCAGAGCCGCCAAUCCUCCCCGAUGAUCUCUCGCGUGGCGCCGCUGCCAGGGCGGCUGCUGCUGCGCAAAAUGAGAUGGUCAAAAUUGGCCGUGUGAGCUCACAGGACGAUUCGAAGAUAUUCGAAUUUGAAACGGCUCCGAUUGAAGAGUCAGAUGUGGCAGGGGAUUCUGAGAGUGGCAUUGACGUCAACUUGCAGAAUCGCGUAGAUGUCUCUGAAGAUGAUUCGGAGGUUGUGCGCAAAAAUCCGAUGGAUUAUCUGCCCGCUGAACUCAUGGCACACGUCCUUUCGUUUCUUGAUUCCGACUCGCUGAAACAAGCAGAAUUGGUUUCCCAUCAAUGGCACGAGCUUGCCUCUUCUCAUCAUGUGUGGAGAGCAGCGCUCUGGCAUGAGUACAAACGCUGGCCUAAGGCAGGUAAACUAGCAAACGGCCAACCCAAGUAUAUGGGGUUAGGACGUAUUCGACCGAACCAGGACUGGAAGAAAAUGUUUGCCGUUCGACGAGCUCUGGAAUCCCGCUGGAAGAAGGGCAAAGCUGCGGCUAUCUUCUUGCAUGGUCACAAAGACAGCGUCUAUUGUGUUCAGUUUGAUGAGAACAAAAUCCUCACUGGUUCCCGUGACCGAACUAUACGUGUCUGGGAUGCGCACUACCCCUGGCCUUGCAUCAAGGUCAUCGGAGUUCCUCCUGAUCCACCAUCACCGUUCAGACAGGGCCGACUUGUAUUCGAAGCUCCAGAAGACGAUGAAUCUGCGCGACUCCCUUUCAUCAGCAUCUGCCCCACGAUCCACUCUUCACCAGACCAUGUUACCCCAGCCUCUGCAACAGGUGACUACCACCGCGGCUCCAUCCUUUGCCUCCAAUAUGACGACGAAAUCCUCGUCACUGGCUCUUCCGACCAUAUCUGCAUAGUUUGGGAUAUCAAAAACGAUUACAAAGCUAUCCGUCGCCUCACAGGCCACCAAGCUGGCGUCCUCGACGUCUGCUUCGAUGACAAAUACAUUGUCUCCUGCUCUAAAGAUACCACCAUCUGCAUCUGGGAUCGGCGUACGGGUGAGCUUGUCAAACGCCUCCUGGGCCACCGUGGGCCAGUCAACUCGGUUCAGCUCCGCGGUGAGCUGAUCGUCUCCGCCAGCGGUGACGGCGUCGCCAAGCUCUGGAAUAUCACCUCAGGUCUAUGUAUCAAAGAAUUCACCAGCCGUAACCGCGGCCUCGCCUGCGUCGAGUUCUCUGAGGACGCUCGCACAAUCCUAGCGGGCGGUAACGAUGAACUCAUCUACCAAUUCGAUGCAAACACAGGUGAGCUUGUGAACGAGUUGAAGGGCCAUUGGGCCCUCGUGCGCUCAUUGCAUAUGGAUUCGACAAAUGGGCGGAUAGUCAGUGGGAGUUACGAUAGGAGUGUGAGGGUGUAUGAUGCGGCAAGUGGGCAGUUAUCGAUUAGUUUGACCACUUGGACGUCGAGUUGGAUUCUCGGUGCCAAGAGUGAUUAUCGGCGGAUUGUCGCGGCGGGUCAGGAUGGGCGUGCGGUCAUUAUGGAUUUCGGGUAUGGGCUUGAUGGGAUUGAGAUGCUUGAAGAGUGA